AUGAUCACAACUCCGCAGUCUCAGAGGCGAAAGAUAUCAGAGACACCUGCCAAAGAUGAGUCCAAUGGGACGACAUUGAAGAAUCCACGCGCCUUUCCAAGCUCUUCCGUCUCUAUCGACCGGCCAGAUUAUGCUUGUGUCAAUACCGCCAACCCAAGCACUUCUAAUGCGGCUGCUGACUACACCAAUCCUCCUUCUUCGCGCGACUCGCCCGUGCCGCAAGGAGGUCAAAGAGACCAGCAAGGCCAUUACGUUGGUUCUUCGAGUGCUGUCUCUUUCCUGAUUCGUAUUCAGAGGCGCCUACAUCAAGACUCGUCUCUGUCGCAUGACUCUACCAUCUUCACCUUUGGUGAUGCUCCACUACCAGAGUUUGAUCUGUCCUUGUUCUUACUACCUCCCAAGCCUGAUGCGCAGAGACUUGUGGAAAGGUACUUCGACUAUGCGGCACCAACGCACCGUUUUCUACACCGACCUAGUAUCGAAAAGUUGGUCGAAGAAUUCUACGAGACCCAGGGUGAAAUGAGAGGUAAAGAAGAUGGUAAAGCGAAAGCUGCGUUAUUGAUGGUGGUUUUCGCACAGGCGCAAGCGUACAUGCCACCUGGCAGUGCCGUUAGGAAUAAUAGCGCCCGCUAUUUCUUCGCUGCCGAGCACCAACUCUCCAAGGAACGUGGAGCUGUAAGACUAGCGAGCGUGCAGGCAAGAUUGCUGCAGUGCUUUUAUCUACUAACGCAAUCUCGCAUCAACCACUGCUGGAGUUUAUUCGGCACGCUUUCGCAUCUCGUGCUUGCCAUUGGCUUAAAUCGUAGUAGGAGAUGCGAUCCAUCAAACAACAUCGACUAUGUGGAACUUGAGUGUAGAAGACGGCUGUUCUGGUGUGCAUACUCCCUAGACAAGUAUCUUGCCGCAGCCCUUGGUCGGCCGCGUACUUUCAAGGACGAGGAUAUCGAUCAGGAACUUCCAACUGUGGUGAACGACAGUGACCUACUUCCAAAUUACAUCAAGCCCACGGCUCCAAAUUGCCACUCCGUAAUGACGGCGCCAGUCGAACACAUCAAGCUAACCCGAAUCGUCUCUCUCGUACUGCGAGAUCUAUAUUGCAUUCGACCUCCAAGUCUAGCCCGUCGCAUUGAGCUCUCAACAAAAUACACUUCGGAUCUGCACGCAUGGCACAACUCACUCUCGGGUUUCCUCGCAGGAUCGGGGUUUGAAGGAGGCUUCGACAGCCAGUUAUUGAUACCCAUCUACCAGCGCCAGCGUUCCGUACUCAACUUGGCGUACCACCACGCGCUGCUGCUCAUUCACCGUCCCUUUCUACUGAGGGAUUUUGCGAGCUUGACGCAUAUGCCCACACACCCCAACUGGAGUGCCAAUCCAGUCAGGACUCAUGACACAUCCACUAAUAUCACGGCUUGUCUCGAAGCCGCCAUGGCAAUCUUGCGCAUUGUCGAUGACGUCUUCAUCUCGUCGAACCUUUUCCGCUCCUUCUGGUUUACACAGUAUUAUGCGUUUUGUGCUGUGGUGGUGUUGUAUGUCCAUCGUAUUCAGCAAGGUUUGGGUGUUGAGAUGAAGGUGAGGAGCGAGGGCUAUUUCGAGAAGGCAGUCAUGUGCCAAAGACAGCUGGAGACCGUUAGUGAUACCGACUGUCUUGCACGUCGAUACUGUCUGGUUCUGGAAGAACUGAGGGUAGAGGCUGUGCGGCAAUCAGGAAGACUGUUGAAACCGGUAGCGGCAACUUCCGCGCCGGUCACAGAAGAAAAUUCAGCCGAGGCAAACCCCGAUAUGCCGCGACCAGCAUUGCUUCCGAUGCCGACCUCUACACCACAGGACAACCCACCGAGCCCCACUGGGGGUCUAUCAAAUACUCCAUACAAUGGCAAUGUUCCCGCGACACCGGACAGUGCGGCAGCGCUCAACAACCCAAUCUUCAAUUCCGAUCUCUUUGACUGGUCUGAUUUGGCAAGCUGGGGACAGUUCGAGGGUCUCGUUACUGCUGGUAAUGGCAUGUAUGACCGAAGCAUGUUGGCAGAUGAUGGGGAUUUUCAAGUAGAUUUUGGACUCUAA